UGUGGUUUGUUCAGUGUCAGCGCUGUUCUCGGCCCGUACACCAGUCGCUGAGGACAAGGUGUCACGCUCAUCAAUAGCUGACCGUCUUAAGGAUGUCUCGAUAGAUCAACGUUCGAUUGAUUUUCAACAUCCGCCGGUACCUUUUUCAAAAAAGAGCGGACUGCGAUCGCUUGGGGAACGCGUAUUCGCUGACUGACAUCGUUGCCCGUAGUCGAGUGACUCCCAAGUAAGAAUUCGACUCUUUCCAAUGAUGAAAUUAUUAGCAGGCGUGGAAGAGGUGAGCGAUCAAAACGAAAAGCCGCAGAAUGAUGAUCAAUCGCACAACAAUAAUCAUGAAAAACAGCCGAAAACAGAUAUCGCUCAAGAGACGGUCAAGCUACUUACUGGCGAGGUGUACCGAACUUCCUCCAGAAAACUCGAAAACUCGCCUCUCAAAGGUAAAAUCACGCCUGAAGAUGAAGAGAAAAUGAGGCGUCUUCUUCCUUAUAAGGAAGCCCCUGAAUAUCUUCAACACAAUCCAUAUAUUCUUCACGGAUAUCGAGGAUAUCUUACUACAAAAUUAUGCGUCGAAAGCAUAUUUUGGUGGACAAACGAAACAGUAAACAUAUGGAGCCACAUAUUUGGAUGGAUGUUAUUUUUCGGUCUGACCCUGUAUGACCUUUGUCUACUGAAUAUUCAUGCACCCAUGGGUGACAAAGUGAUAGUAGCUCUUUUAUUAAUCUGUUUCCAGGCUUGCAUGGUAUUGUCCUCGGUGUAUCAUACGUUUUCCUGUCGAAGUGAAAAGGAUUACUGGUGUUUCUUGUCCUUCGAUUUGUUUGGAAUCGCGUUAAGCCUUCUGUCGAUAUACAUGUCUGGAGUUUAUUACGCUUUCUGGUGUCACAAGGAAUUGCAGAGCUUUUAUCUGAUCACUGUCCUGGCUAUCUUUGUAUUCGCAAUGAUCCUACAAGUACCAAAACUGAAUAUUAAUGGGAACAUCAAGCUAAUAGUUUUCGUCGCCUGGGCAGCUUAUGGAGUACUGCCAACGUUUCAUUGGAGCAUUGCUAUGGGUGGAAUGGACAACCCGAUCGUUAGAAUGUUACUUCCAAGGGUACUAGGAAUGUAUGUCAUUAGUGGUGUAGCAUUUAUUAUUUAUCUCAGCAAAAUACCAGAACGCUUCUGUCCAGGCUGGGUGGAUUAUAUCGGUUCCUCUCAUCAAUGGUGGCAUGCAUUAGUGGUAUUGGCUCUUUACUAUUGGCAUAAUACUGGAAUGCUUUACGUGGAAUACAGAAUGAACCAUGGCUGUCCGAGCAACAUCAAAUUAUUAUGACAUACGGAAUCCGACGGCCAUUCAGGUAAUGGUUUUAUAAUGGAAUGUGCUUGCGCUAUGGAAUUCAAUGUUUGGUCGUCAGAUUAUUACAACAAUCUACCAUUUUACGCCAGCGAAAAAACAACAUGUGCAAACGAAAAUCCAUUACGAACGUAUUAUCAACGACAAACAUUUUAGUUCCAAAAAGUGUAAAAUAAGUGAUCCACGAGAUAACAAAAAUGCAGAUUCUUUUUUUUAAACAACGUCUAACGCGUCUUGGCGUUAGUAAUUUAUAUUUAUUUUGUAUUUAUAAAUUUUAAAUAGAUAUAUUGAAUAUC